AUGAGUCUCUACUUCAACGCGGACACGAGGCGCAUCGAGAGGAGUUCGGUGCACGAGCCAAAGCGCAACCGGAACGUUUUUCUCGACGUAAAACCCAUCGCGGAUGACGCGAACGCGAACGUGAACGUGCCACCACGGCAGGCCGCCAGACGGAACGCGACCGUGUUUAACAAUCGCGUUGGCUUUCCACCGCUGACACCGAAGGAGGCGUUUGUGGAUGCGGUCCCUGCGGAUCAAACGUGUAUGGUGUUUGAAAGCUCCAAACCGAUCUACCUGGUGCUGCGUGCCAUCGGUGUGCUGCCGUACACGCGGCUCCCGUCGGGCGGAACCGCUUUUGUCCUUGCCUCCCCGUCGAUGACGUACUGUGUGCUGUUUUUCCUGCUGCUCACCGUGUACAUUGCCUUCAUCCUGCUCAAUCGCAUCGAGAUCGUGCGCACGCUCGAGGGCCGCUUCGAGGAGUCCGUCAUUGCGUACCUGUUCAUCGUGAACAUUCUGCCGAUCCUGAUCAUACCGCUGAUGUGGUACGAAUCGCGCAAGGUCGUGUCGGUCGUGAAUGGGUGGGUCGAUUUCGAAACCGUCUACCGGGAAACGUCGGGCCGGGCGCUGGAGUUGCGCCUGCGCACCAAAGCGCAGGUCAUAGCGAUCCUGCUGCCGAUCCUGUGCUCCCUCUCGGUCGCCAUCACGCACGUGACAAUGGUGGACUUCAAGCUGCUGCAGGUCAUCCCGUACUGUGUGCUCGACACGAUCACCUACAUGAUGGGCGGGUACUGGUAUAUGGCCUGUGAGACGCUCAGCAUUACCGCGAAAAUACUGGCGGAAGACUUUCAGCGCGCGCUGCGGCACGUCGGCCCGGCGGCGAAGGUGUCCGAGUAUCGGUCGCUAUGGUUGCGGCUGAGCAAGCUGGCACGGGAUACGGGCUUUUCCACCUGCUAUACGUUCACGUUCAUCUGUCUGUAUCUGUUCUUCAUCAUAACGCUUUCGAUCUAUGGGCUGAUGUCGCAAAUUUCGGACGGCUUCGGCGUGAAGGACAUCGGGCUGGCGGUGACCGCCUUCUGUAGCGUGGGCCUGCUGUUCUACAUCUGCGACGAGGCGCACUACGCGUCGUUCAAUGUGCGCACCAACUUCCAGAAGAAGCUGCUGAUGGUGGAGCUGAGCUGGAUGAACACGGACGCGCAGACGGAGAUUAAUAUGUUUUUGCGUGCGACCGAGAUGAAUCCUUCCAGCAUCAAUCUUGGCGGGUUUUUCGACGUUAAUCGCACGCUGUUUAAAUCGCUGCUUGCCACGAUGGUUACGUAUCUGGUGGUGUUGCUACAGUUCCAGAUCAGUAUUCCCGAUGAGCCCAGCGCCAUGCUGAUGCACAGUAAUUCGUCCCAUUCUUAGGAUGUAUGGAGCACGAUCGUAAAACGAAGCGUCUGGUAGGUACGGUGAUCAGGACAUCCGUAAAAAUGCUUAAUAAAAUCGUAUCGUUACACCA